CCAAAUCUCGGGGUUUAUCGAUAUGGUGGCCGCUGGAGCGACCAGUAUAAAUAUUUUGAAUGUGGCAAUUGUCUGUCGUCUUCGUUGGAAAAGUGCCACUGGACAGUCUUCUGGUCACACUUUAUAUAGCGCUUCAAAGAUAAUAGGGCGCGACUACCUUGUCGAUGAGGGUCUAACACAAUUCCCGUUCACCUUUGGGUUACCAGAUGACCUUGUAGUGACACACGAUCAUGCGUUCUGCUCGGUGAAGUGGGAUGCACGCCUUGUGGAGUCUGAUUGGAAGCCAGUAGCCUUUUGUCGGUUCACCAUGUCGGCUUUGUACUAUACCCAAAUGAAUAUGGGCCCAAAGGUCCGGCGUGAGAUAUUUGAUGGAAGUAAAUCCCCCGCCCUGCUUGCCGAGGUAAGCCUUUCACGCGAUGUAUAUCAGGAAGGGGAGCCGAUUGACAUUCGACUGGCCAUGCACAAGAACGGCGCGGCCGUUAGAAGCGUCACAGCACACAUUACUCAACAUGUGGUAUUCGAAGACGGAACCAAAAAUAGUCGCAAUCAAAUAUCACAAACCAUGUUGGAUAACACAAAGCUAAAACAUUUGUCGAAGAAAAACCGUUGGACAAAGAUCGACGCGAAGCUAGGGUCCACAUGCGUUCGCACGUUUAGUUGUAUCCCUCGUGUACCGGAAAUACGUGAUGAUAGCACUGCGGUGCAAUUGUUGCGAGACAGUAAUGGACAACAAACUGUACUUACCCCGAGCGAUGUAAUGUACAGACACUAUGAAAUCGGUUGCAGUUAGCUAUAUUGUAGACGUUACGAUUCAUACCCGAGGAUGCAAGGAUCUGACCUUUUCAUUGCCAUUUGCUUUGCAAGGCAAACCACCAAAACAUUACGAUGAUAUGAACAGCUUUUGCCCAGUUAAAAACUGUUUCACUUUCCCGAGAUCAAUAGAGCAGCCGUCUGAUUAUACUGAUUAUAGAUGCGCCUCGGUAAAAUCGUACACGAGUCUCCGGCCUUCGACCGAAUCCGUAGACUCGGUGUUUUUCAAAUCCAAUUUGCGCACUGCCGCUAAUUUGAAAAAAUUCAACUGUGACACUUUCAAUCUGUGACUGAGGACUUCCAUGGUGACGGGCAAUUUGGUGAUAGAUCCAGUUCAUUGGCAGAAGUUGGGUUAAAGAAAAGGCUGCGAAGUUUGUCUACGUCGAAUGCUACAUCAAAUCUCUCGAAGAGGAGACUAUCUUUAUCCCACUUAGCAGCAAUUGGGAACCCCAUUUCUUGUAAUUUCGUUUAGUAUGCAAUCGUUAUGGGAUAUUUGUGUAGAUUCAUGGAAAAUAAACCGUAAAAGUAGA